AUGGAGAAGUUUCGGGAGGUGUUGAACCUGCACCUCAAACACCGCAACGCUCUGGGCUACUGCCUGGUGAGCCUGCUGACGGCGGGCGGCGAGCGCAUCUUCUCCACCGCGGUGUUCCGGUGCCCGUGCAGCGCCGCCUGGAACCUGCCCUACGGCCUGGUCUUCCUGCUGGUGCCGGCGCUGGCGCUCUUCCUGCUGGGCUACGUGCUGAGCGCGCGCACCUGGCGCCUGCUGACCGGCUGCUGCGCGCGGGGCCGCGGCGCGGGGCUGCGCGGGGCCCUGGUCUUUGCGCAGAUCAGCGCCACGGCCGCGGUGGCGCCGCUCACCUGGGUGGCCGUGGCGCUGCUCGGGGGCGCCUUCUACGAGUGCGCCGCCAGCGGGAGCGAGGUCCUGGCGCGGCACCUGUGCCAGGGCCGCGACCCGCGCUGCUCCGCCCAGCUGCCGCUGGUGCCCUGCCAGCAGGCCCAGGCGCCCGACGUGAAGGAGCUGCAGAAGGAGCUGCAGAAGGAGCUCACGGCCCACUCGCAGGUGUUAGGCUGGGUCCUGAUAGCAGUUGUUAUCAUCCUCCUCCUGAUUUUUACAUCAAUCAGUCGGUGCCUGUCUCCAGUUAGUUACCUGCAUCUGAAAUUUUGGAAAAUCUACUUGCAACAGGAGCAGCAGAUUCUUAAAAGUCAAGCCACAGAACAUGCAACGCAACUGGCAAAAGAAAAUGUCAAAUGUUUCUUUGAGUGCUCACAGCCACAGGAAUACAACACUCCGAGCAUUAAAGCCUGGCAGCAGAUUUCAUCACUAUAUACUUUCAAUCCAAAGGAGCAGUACUACAGCACUUUGCACAAGUAUGUGAACAAAAAACAGAAGAAUCAAUGUAGCACGUCUUCUGAAGAAGAUGCAAUGGUUCCUGUUCUUGGUUUUGUAGAUUCAUCUGAUAUGAACAGCACUGCAGACUUAUGA